AUGCAGGCUGUGAGUGUCUCUCUUCUACUUUGCCUCUUUACCAUCGCAUAUGGAUUCCCUGAAACCAAAAUUGCCGGUGGCAAAGUUGCACCAGCUGGGAUGUUUCCAUACAUCGUCUCCCUCAGAAAAGAGGGAAAACAUUUUUGUGGUGGAUCCAUCAUCAGUUCCAGAUUUGUUCUAACUGCAGCAAGUUGUGUCAAAGGAUUAUCGGAAUCAGUGCAAGCCACUGUCCACGCGGGAACGAAUCUUUUAAAUCAGGAGGGAGACGCUUACUAUAUAAUGAUAGUUACUUAUCAUAGUGGCUUUAAUGAGACAAGUUUAAUCAAUGAUAUAGCUCUAGUGGGUAUUGUUGGGGAGAUCGCCUUCAAUAAUUUAGUACAACCGAUUCCGUUGGCUACAGGCGGCAACACUUAUGAAGGAUCAAAGUGUGUUUUAUCCGGAUGGGGAAAAAUUAAAGGAGACGGACAUGGUUCCAGCAAACUUCAGUACAUAGAUUUACUUGUUCAAAAGCAGUCAGAAUGUAAACAAGUACAUAGCAAUUUGCAAGAUACUAACAUCUGCACUUUUACCAAAUACGGCGAAGGGAUAUUCAAGGGUGACGCUGGUAAUCCUCUCGUUGUCAAUGGCGUGCAAGUUGGUGUCGUAUCAUAUGGAAGACCUUCUGCUACUCGCUACCCUGAUGUCUACACAAGGGUGUCCUCAUUCGAGUCCUGGGUCGAAAAAGCAAAAAACACAGUUUCAAUCGGAAGAAAUGCAGAACAAGAAGACGUCACUACUAUUUUUCUGAAGAAAUAAUUGUUGCCUAAUCAAACAUGAAGACAGCAAAGAUACUCCUCUGAUAAUUCCUACAAUAGUUAAUAUAAAGUACAUAGUUAAAUUUGAAAUGUAUUACUAGUAA